AUGGACGGGGCGCUGAUUGAUGAAACUUUUGUACUUCUCGGGCUCGGAUCAUCGGUGGAGGACGAGUGCGACUGUGCGGCAGCAGACAUGGCAGAGUCGCGGCACGUGAAGACGACGCGUGCCGUUGAAGGGCCCGAGGCCCGUGAGCGGCAGAGAGCUGUCAAGGAAGACUGCAGCACCGAGAGCCCUCCGCGCAACGGACCAAAGCAGAAAGUCCCAUACUUCAUCCACUCCCCUAUUCAACAACUUAACAAGUCACGACUCACAACCCUCAACACCUCGUACAUCUACCCAAGAGCCAAAAGACAAGAUAACAUGGCGUCAGAAGGAAAACCCGAAAGCGCCCACGUCCCAGACCUCCUCUACCACACCGUCCUCACCGUCGACGAGCGCGAAGCCGCCGUGGGCAAGCAGAACCCCAUCCCGCGCGUCUACGUCCUGGGCACGCACUCGGAGCUCGCCGCGGCCAAAAAGUUCGCCCUGCAAGUGAUCCCGCAACUGGGCUACGACAAGUCCGACUUCGACCUCUACGAGGAGAAGACGCCGCAGACGGCCGAGAGCUGGCAGCACGGCGACGGCAUCGUGGUCUACGCCAAGGCGCCGGCGGGCCAGGUGUUCACGGUGGGGACCGACACCAAUCCCAACCCGGAGAAGCUGCGGGCGGUCCCGGACGGGACGGUCCUCCUCCCUGGCGGGGUUGACCACCUGCACUACGUGCUCCAGACUACGAUCGACUACAAGGCCGACCCGGCCAUUUCGACGGAAAUCCAGGGUGCCUUUGUUCGGCGCGCGGAUGCGGUCGAGGCGGUGCAGAAGUGUCUCGUCUCUGAGGAGGUGUCGCCGGAUGAUUAUGCGCAGUAUGACGCCCGGGAUAGCGUCAAGGUGCCGGAUAACUGGCCUUAUGGGGAGGAUGUCUAUGUUCAUGCGGUUGCCAAUACGGGGGAGAAUUAUAUGGUUACGUUGACGACACCGCCUAGUGCGUAUCUCCGGCAUGGGAAGAAGUAG